AUGGCAGCAACCUGCAGUUAGCAGCAUUAAUGCCGAGUUACUUACGCGCAUUUUGAUAUACGCAUCUCUCAAGAAGCUUAUGCUACUAGGGAGAGGGUUAUUGUUAACUUGCGCGCUGGAUGUUGCCCCAGUUAAGUUUCUCAUCAACCGUUUGGCGGUGGCUUUGAAAACCCCUAUGUAGUCUUUCAUACUAUCCAAUCUGCUAGUGUAUGGACGAGGCUUGCUGAAGCGGCUUUGUCGUCCCCGCCGUCGAUCAAUGUACCACGUUAGCCAGCACCUCGCGAGUGUGAAGCCUGCGCUAUGUAAAGCUUACUUACCCGAAGCUGCCUCUCGUUCAUGCGAAGCGGCAUUCUCCUUGGUUGCUGCGGUUAGAGGCUCCCGGCGGGACACCCGUCGACUCCUCAGCACCUCAUCUGCAGCUGCUGCGGACUCUAGCCAAGCCACGGACCUCCUAGACGACCUCGUCAACUAUGAGCGAAGCGGCAUCCCGGCGGCAGCGGGCACCGCCGCAUCCUCUCGCUUUGACCUGGGUCGCAUGCACCGGCUGCUGGCAGCGCUGGGUAACCCCCACCUCGGCCUCAAAGCGGUGCAUGUGGCGGGAAGCAAGGGCAAGGGCUCCACCGUCUCGCUGCUCUCCUCCAUCCUCACCGCCGCCGGCUACCGCACCGGCGCCUACACCUCGCCGCACCUACUGGCGCUGGAGGAGCGCAUCGCGGUGGGGCAGCCGGGGGGCGCCUCGCCCCGCCCCCGCCCCCUGCCGCCCGACCACCUGGCCUUCCUGCUGGACCGGCACAGGGACGCCAUCCGCUCCCGGACUGCGAGCGAGGGCGGGCAGCUGAGCCACUUUGAGGUGGUGACGGCACUGGCGCUCAGGUACUUUGCGGACUGCUGUGUUGACAUCGCGGUGUUGGAGACGGGGCUGGGCGGCCUCACGGAUGCCACCAACGUGAUGCCGGGGGCCAACCUGCAGGCGGCGGUCAUCACCAGCCUGGGUCUGGAGCACGUGGAGGCCCUGGGCGGCAGCCUGCGCUCCAUCGCGGCGGCCAAGGCGGGCAUCCUGCGGCCGGGGCGCCCGCUGGUGCUGGCGCCGCAGCCGCACGCGGAGGCCGCGGAAGUGGUGCUGGCGGCGGCGGAGGCGGCGGGGUGCCCGGUAGUGCGGGCGGAGCAGGCGGUCUCCGUGCGCUCCCGGGGUCUGCAGCUGCUCCCCGACUGCCCGCUGCAGGCCGCCCGGGAGCAGCUGGAGCUGCAGCUGCUGCCCGCACCCGCCUGGCUGCGGGAACACGAGCAACAAGGGGAGUACGGCACAAGCGAUAGCAUCAGCAGUAACAGUAGUCCUAGCAGCAGCAGCAGUAGCAGUAGCACCAGCAGCAGCAGUGCUAGCAGUAGCAGCAGCACCAGCAGCAGCGGGGCCCCUGCUGGCUCCAGUGGUGCCCUGGCGGUGCAGGUGGGGCUGGUGGGUGCGGCGCAGCACGCCAACGUGGCCACAGCGGUGGCGGCGGUGCGGGUGCUGCGGGCGGGCGGCUGGCGGCUGCCCGAUGAGGCGGUGCGGGCGGGGCUGCGGGGGGCGCACCUGGCGGGCAGGUUCCAGGUGGUGAAGCUGCCGGGCCCCGAGGGCCCCUGGGUGGUGUUGGACGGGGCCCACACCGCCCACAGCGCCGCAGCCCUGGUGGCCUCCCUGCAGCAGGCGUUCCCACAACCCCCACCCGCAGCACCCGCUGCACCCACAUCCACUACAGAACACCAGCAGCAGCAGCCAGCCCAGCAGCAGCCUGCUCCUCCUCCCCAGCAGCCAAUAGCCCUGGUGUUGGCCAUGGCCGGCGACAAGGAGCACCGGGAGGUGGUGGGUGAGCUGCGGGCUCUGCGGCCCCGCCUGGCGGUGUUCACGGCGGUGCCCAUCGCGGGGAGCUACCGGAGGGCGGCGUCGCCAGGCACCCUAGCCGCCCACUGGCAGGCUGCCGCGCUGCUGGCGCCGCCCUCCCAGCGCCCCUUCCGCUGCCGGGAGCUGCUGCAGGGCAGUCUGCCGGCCGCAUUCGACAAGGCGCUGCAGGAACUGCGAGCCAUCAUCACCCAGGACGGGGGCGGCAGCAGCGGCGGCGGCGGCGGGAGCAGCAGUGGCGGCG